GGCGGGGCUACGCCACCGCGUCCCAGCUGGUGAGAGCUCUCGGUGUUGGCCUUGUGGCGUGGGUGGCUGGGUCCGCCUGGUUGGUAUCUUUCAAAUGGCUUGCCGGCAUCUCGGCCUCACCCUCCCUACCUGACAGACGCUGGGACCUAACCUGCCUCCGCAGAGUGAGAGGUUCCGGAAGCCCCUGCACAAGGGUCCAAUCACCGGAAGUUCCGCCUAGGGCGGCCGGGAGAGGGAAGAAUCGAAUAUUGAGUAUUUGUGAAUUAGAGACUUUGUACAGCCAAAAGGAAAGUCGUUGAGUUCUUGUUAUGGUUUGGAGGCACCAAGUAAGAAAUUGAUACACACAUAUAUAUAUAUAUACAUAUAUAUAUAUAUGAUGCUGGAAAUUUGUAAACACAAACUGCUAAUGAAUGAAAGGCUUGAAACAGAUGUAUUUUUGAAGUUACCAGUGAAAUGACUAUGAAAAUGGGGAUCAAGAAGACCAAUGGAAAACCACUUAAGAAGGAACCAUAGAAAAUGUACACUUCAGAAGUAAGAUGUAACCAGAGAACUCGAAAAAUAUACCAUAUACGCCCUCAGAAGGGGAACAAGAUUUAUAUUCGCGUACAUGAGAUUACUCAAAUAGAUAGUCAAAUACAUCAGUGCCUUGAACGUGAACAAAACUUUUGUGAAAAGUUAGCACGUAUGUGCGAGAAGACGUAUACUGGGGAGAAACCUUAUAGAUGUGAUAUGUGUGAGAAAACCUUCAUCCAAAGUUCAGAUCUUAUUUCACACCAGAGGAUCCAUAAUUUCGAGAAACCUUAUAAGUGUAGCAAAUGUGAGAAGAGCUUUUGGCACCACUUAGCCCUUUCAGGACACCAGAGGACACAUGCAGGUAAGAAGUUUUAUACCUGUGACAUCUGUGGCAAGAAUUUUGGUCAGAGCUCCGAUCUGCUUGUCCACCAGCGAAGCCACACAGGUGAAAAACCUUAUCUGUGUAAUGAGUGUGAUAAAUGCUUCAGUCGAAGUACAAAUCUCAUAAGGCACCGAAGAACUCACACAGGUGAGAAACCAUUUAAGUGUGUGGAAUGUGAAAAAGCUUUUAGUGGGAAAUCAGAUCUUAUUAGCCACCAAAGGACUCAUACUGGUGAAAGACCAUACAAAUGCAGUAAAUGUGAGAAAAGUUAUCGACACCGUUCAGCCUUCAUUGUACAUAAAAGAGUUCAUACUGGGGAGAAGCCGUACAAGUGUGGUGCCUGUGAGAAGUGCUUUGGCCAGAAAUCAGACCUUAUUGUACACCAGAGAGUCCAUACCGGUGAGAAACCAUAUAAAUGUUUGGAGUGCAUGAGGAGUUUUACUCGGAGUGCAAACCUAAUUAGGCACCAGGCAACUCACACUCAUACUUUCAAAUGCCUUGAAUAUGAGAAAAGUUUCAGCUGUAGCUCAGACCUUAUUGUACAUCAGAGAAUCCACAUGGAAGAAAAACCACAUCAAUGGUCUAUGUGUGAGAGUGAUUUCUUCCUAGACGUGGACUUUGUUGCCCAGCAGAAAAUGAGGGCGCAAACAGAGGAGCUGCAUUAUAAGUACAGUGUGUGCGAUAAAAGCUUUCAUCAUAGCUCAGCCCUUCUUCAACAUCAGACAGUACACAUUGGUGAAGAGUACAUCUGUAAUGUGAGUGAAAAAGGUCUUGAUCUCAGCUCUCAUGCGUCAGAAACACCACGGAUGUCCUGACAAGACGUCACGUAACCUUAAAAGAAAGGUAUUUACACAUCAGAACUCAUAAAAGAAAGUCUCCUAGGUGAAUUUCAGAUUUUCCUCAGAUCUCACACUUCAUUGGGAACCAGAGAGAGUCUACAGUCUUGGAACUGUAAGGGAAGCUUUAUGCAGAGAGUACCCCCAUCGGGAUGCCAUUAUUAGCCACAUUUGCGAAGAACUCCGCAAAUGCUCUGGGCUUUGGAAAUCCUUCCACAGUAGGAGGUUCAUACAGAUAGGAAGCCUUACAUGUGCAGUAUGGGAACUCUCCAGUGGUGUUAAACUCUCAUCCUUACAAGAGAAUUCACACCAGAGAGCAACCAUUUAAAUGCUUUGUGUUAGUAAUUUGAGCAGGAUGUAUGCCUUAUUGGAUAUCAGAAAAUUUACCCUAGGGAGAAACCUCAGGAAUUACAGGAAAAAAAAAAAAAAACUUCUAACAGAAUUCUGACCUUCUUACCCAUCAGAGAAGCCAUGCUGGCAUAAGUGGAUAUUUAUCUUGAGUGUGGCAGAAACAUUUGUUGGAGAGUCUUACUUGGGUUUGCAUCCUCCUAAGCAAAAAUCAGAAGAAAGUGUCUGAAUAAGAAAACCUUGUUAAUUUUCAGCUCUUGGGGUAUAUUAGGGAAUUCACAUCAGUGAAUACCCAUAAAUGCUUUGUGUCUGAGAAGCUAGAAACUCUCAUCUAAUUGGGCCCCAAGGAACCAGUUCAACGGAGGAGUUGCUCCAGUAAGAGAUUUGGUAGUGGGUGAGAAUCUGUACAUAUGCUAUGUAUGAAAAGAAUUGUUCUCAUGGUUGAACCACACUGUAAAAAACUAGAGUUGUUCAGAAGGAAAUAGUGUCUUAGAGACCCAGAACCUUGUUCUGGAGGAGCUGGGGCAGGUCCGCAUGGAUCUGAAUGGUAACUCAGGUAAAGACACUUUUCUUUUGUCUGAACCACUUAGUGAUUGCUUUAGUUUCACUUCUAAAAAUUCAUAAAUCCAUGAAAGGGACUGUAGUCUUGUGGAUAAGGUAAGGCAUGAGUUAUUGUUGGAGAAAGGAGCACUUUGAGUUUUGCUUCUUCUUCUUCUUUUAAUUCUCUUUUCUAGAAUGGGAAUGAUGUGUUGAUAGCAGGCUAUGAGAUAAGAACUAAGAAGCUAGGGAGUACUUAGUUUGCAUUAAAAUUCUCAGUAGUAGUUUCGUCUUUGCAUGAUCAACCUCAGCAAAAAGCAGAAUACUCAGCUCUUAGUGUUGAGAUCUGCCCUCAAAAUUGUCCCUAAAGUAUUCUUUGAGUUAUCCCUGGUUCUUGAGAUGUCAAAUUUAGAGGUUCAUUUCUUUUCAAGUCAAAAUAACAACUUUCAGGAUACUGGUUGUGAUGAUGUUAUAGUAUCCAGACUUUUAGGACCUGCUUACUCUCUUUCAGUGACAGAUACUGUUAUCAACUGACUCAGAGCAGAAGGGAUAGGGGAAAGUUGUAAGCCAGGGAAAGCAGGGACACACAAUGAAACAUUCUUAAUAGCUUAAUAGGACACUGAUUUUGAGGGUCCUGACUCCAAAGCUCCUGUACUCCUUCUUCAUUCUGUUAUCCUGAUGCUUGCAGCAAAUUAAGCUUUAUAAUGACACAUUUUUCUUCAUUUAUUUCAGUUCUAUCAAGGAAAGAAAAAUACAGUUUAAUCCCAGGGAAAGGAUUGCAAUCAACACAAAACAAUAUAAGGUAUAUUCUUGGUUUGAAAUGCAGGAUUCUAAGUAUUAGAAAAGUGGCUGGCACAUUCACCUAAGGUUUGAGGAUAAGCAUUUGUUUCCAGUACAAUAGGGUAAUUGAUUGUCUUUAGCAUUCUUUGGCUAGCUUAUGACCUCUUAUCGUUGCUUUUGUUUCUUGGGCUUAAAAUACCUUUAAUAGAAAUAUUUCAAGUUUCUGUAGUAUUUGGGACUCUGUAGAAUAUAAUUAUUUUAUUGCUAAUCACAGUCCUCUGGUUUUGAUGUAAUUUGUUCAGUGAACCCCUGAAUUCCAUGGGGUAUUAGUGUUUAGAGUCAUGAAAUUGAUACCUUACAUGUGGCUGUAAGCUUAUAAUCUGAUAGUUGUUUGGUAAUCAUAAUCUUUGGGACUGUGAAUUUCGCUCAGCAUAGAAUCUGGUUCCAGUGAUUUUCCUUUAAAGAAACAGGUUGUGUCGGUUUUAAUCUGACAUGUUCUAGUAAUUUUUAUAAAUAACUUUAGUACCAUAAAAAUUUGUCCAUUGUGAUAAACACACACAAAAUGAGUAUUUUUCUUCUUGUGGAAUAUCAUGCCUAUUAUUAGCAAAAGUUUGAUACUUGUGACACUUAAAAUAAUACUGGGUAUGUGACAACGGCAGUAAAAAAUAGUCAUUGUGGCUGCUCUUUGGUCAGUAGAGAGACCAUGGAGAAAGAGACACGGUUUAAAACAUUAGUAGGUUGGUGACUUACCCUUCCUUCAGCCUGUCUCACUGUAAUUGUCUAUAGUCACUAAGUAAACUAACACUGGACCAUUCCUCAAACAGAACUUUGGGGAUGUAAAGCAGGCCUGAGGCCUGUUAACUAUGGUGAGAAGGUAUUGGUAUUACAUAGCAUAACCUGAGGUUGGAGAGGACCACUUGGGAGCCUGUAGCCAAAGCUAGAAGGUAACUUCUGGGAUGGAUGGAGGUUCCCUUGAAGCAGUGCCAACCCAAAUCUACCUCAGGUAAGUAGCUAGGUUUCAGACCAAAUGAGAUAAAUUAUAUUCCAUCCAUGUACUCCUCUAUGCUUUAUUGCUUUUGUUUACCUUUAAUUCUUAAAUAAACAUUUGUUCUGAAAGAAA